UUUGUGAGAAAAAAAGACAACAGAAAACCCGAGUAAAGUUUUCUAAGAUUCGUUUUAUGUACUUUUAAUUUAUUCAAUUAAUUGUAUUUUUAUUAAGUUUUAUUUUUUGGCCAAAUUCGCCAAAAAACAGCAAAGUCACUUUAGUGAUGUAAUGGCUGCGCCCAUGCGGUAUUUUUUAGGCAAACGCUGUUUAUUGGUGCGCCAGUUCAUGCUCAUCUAAGCACGUUUCUGUCAUUUCUUUCAUUUCAUUCUUUCCAUUCGGUUCUGGUCCAUUCGCCGGCGUUCGGUUCGCCACUUCCGGUUCUUACGUCGGUAACAUCUUUGAUCUGCAGGCUAGGACGAUCUGAACAUUCUCGACUGUGCUUUCGUUCCGUCAAUUACUUAAAUACAUAAUGGCUGAUGUUGCGGAGAAAACGGAUGCUUCCAAGGAGGAAGUCGACGCCAAGGUGAAAGCUGAUGAGCCGGCUGCAGAUUCUGCUGGAGAUGGCAAAGAGGAGUCUGAGAGUAAUGCUGACGCAAAGCAAGAAAAUGGGACCCCAUCAAACCUAGAGCAGAAGAUUAUUCGUCAAAUCGAGUACUACUUCGGUGACUACAACCUACCGAAGGACAAGUUUCUCCAAGAGGAGAUCAAGAAGGAUGAUGGUUGGGUCAGUUUGGACACCAUGCUCAACUUCCAGCGUCUGAAGAACUUGACAACAGACAAGGAUGUCAUCACCGGGGCACUGCUAAAGUCGACAGCCAAACUUAUGGAAGUGAGUGAGGACGGGUCCAAAUUGAGACGAAAUCCUGAGAAACCGCUUCCUGAGUUGUCGGACGCUCGGAAACAGGAGAUCAUCAGUAGGUCUGUUUACAUCAAGGGCUUCCCGAAGGAGAACACGACCUUGGACAUGCUGCUGGAGUUCUUGAAGGACUUUGGCAAGACCGAUAAUGUACAAAUGAGAAAUUAUCACGAUAAGGUAGAAGACAAGUGGAAGUUCAAGGGCUCUAUCUUUGCCACGUUUCCCUCCAAAGAGGAGGCUGAGGCUUUUAUCAAGCUGGAGUCUGUCAAGCAUGGUGACGAAGAGCUCAUCAGAAAGUGGCAGGCUGAUUACUUGGAGGAGAAGAAAAUCGAGAUGAAGGAAGGUAAGAGAGGCAAAGAAAAGCGCAAACAAAACUUGAAAGAGGCUGCUGGUGACGACAAGGACGCCGAAAAGAACGGUGACGAUAAGAAAGAUGAAGAAAAGGAGGAGAAAGUGGAGCAUGUUCUGGGUGCUGUGCUGGUGCUGAAGGGCCUUAAGGAGACCACGAAGUGGACCAGCAUUAAGGACCGACUGGUCGAGCUGGGUGGUGACGUGGCGUUUGUGGACUUUUCGCCGGGCGACCCGGAAGCGUACGCGCGUCUCAAGGCGGCCGGCUCGGCCAAGGAUGUGUUCGCCAAAAUGGAGGGCGGAAAGGUGGAGAUCGACGGCGCUGAGGUGGAGGCACGAGUUCUGGAGGGUGAAGAGGAGGUCAAGUACCUAGAUGACCAGCACGAGGCGAGGAAGAACCUACGAAGCCAGUUCAAGCGUAAGGGCAGCCAGCGAGGUCGGGGCCGGGGUAGGGGGCGCGGUGCCAAACGCGGGCGUUUCUAAGGUGGGGUUUAUGGGUUGGGUGUCGGAACUCGCAGGUGUUAGCCGACUGAGCGCAGUUCAUUUACGUUCCCUGGAUCAUCCUGCGUGUUUGAUGUUGGUGACAUUGGUCUCUCGUCGACGCGGAUAGCAUUUUUACUUUCACCGUUUUCAAAUGUGAGCUGAGCGUUGACUUCAUCAGCGAAAGUCUUUGUGGAAUAAACAUCCCAAGAAUGAA